AUGGGCAACCAGCAGUGCUUGCCCUUCUCACGCUCACGCAACGCGCAGACGCAAAGCUCCAACCUGGGCCGCACCGUCGCCGCCCGGACACAGGUCGUCGAGACGAGCCAGCUCAGGCCGCGGACCAGCAGCCUCCCCUCGCACGUGCGGGCCAUGGCCAAGGCCCCGCUCGGUGGCGAGCUCGAGCCCAUGCUCGACCGCGACCCGACCAAGGGCGUCGUCGUCGCCGCCACCGCCGCCGCCGCCGUCGUCGAGCCCGCCGGCUCCUCCGUCUUCACGGCGGACGAGACAGGGCUCUACGACCCCGAGGUCAACGGCAUCCUGGUCAUCGCCGGCGACGUCGGAAGGUUCGAGGAGGGCGCCGACGAGGCAUCCGACGCUCAGCCUGCCGCGCCCGACGUGGACGCGGACGCCGCCGCCGCCGCCGCCGCCGCAGCAGCAACAGAAAACCAGCAGCAGGAGGAGCAGCCGGAACAGCAGGCGCAACAGAAGGGCGUAAAGGGCGACGACAGGAUCAGCGAGUCGCACACGGUCCUGCACGAGCCCGCGACCGGGAGCCCCGGCGUGCACAUCAAGCUCGAGUACGACAGCAUCACAAUCGCCGGCGAGAACAACGUCGUCCUGGGCUUCAGCAGCGACUUCCUGGCCCAGGCCCAGAAGCACCCGACCGGCGUCACGUUCGAGGUCAAGUGCGGGCCCAUCAACGUUGCGGCGUCGUCGAGGAACAUCAAGGUCGGCCACUGUAUAAACUGA